CAUUUCUUCGUCUAAAAUCCCAUCACGAUGUUUUUAAUUUUUGUAGUCACGUUUUAAAAAUUAUACAUUUUUACUUAUGUUAUUAUAUUUUUGUUUUGGUUUUAUUUGAUCUUAUUACUUAUUUUAUAACCCUGGUGAGUUUGUUAUGAGUUAUUAGAGCUGGGUAUAUUUUCCCGGCUGUGUAAAUUUUAAUUUAAAGAGAAAAUCAGGAGCCAUUGAUUUGCAAUGACACUAGAAGUCAAGGAGGGAAAUUUAACUAAUUCAAACGAUCAGCAAUUAAAUGGUAAGAAUAUUUUCAUUUCAUUGGUAUUAAAUAAAAAAAUAAAUAUUUAAUUAAAAUAAUUAUUUAUUUAACUUUUUGUAGAAUAGUAUCUUAUAGUGUAUAAUACAUGUAUAUAUAAUUAUCUACUUAGAAUAACAAUUGUUUAAGGUCGAAUUAUGUCCACAGUAUUUUUUAUUUUUUUUUGAUGUUUUGGUAAAAUUAAUUUUAAAUUGUGUAAGGUAUACAUUGUUUUUUUUUUUUUAUACUAAAAUGGAAAAUUGGUAGGUACCUAUUUAUUUUUAAUAGGUAUGGUUUUUCCUUUUUUUUUUUGGUGGACAUACAAAUUGUUUAGUUUUCUGUUAGUUUUUAUCUGUUUAUCCUUUAACUAUUAUUUUUAAAACAAUUGUAUGACAGUGAUUUAAUGUGUUUAAACAUUAAAACUAUUUUAUCCAAAAGAUAAUAAUUUUAUAACUUAUAUAUAUAUUGAUAACCUAUCUUUCAUUUAUGUUUAGGUAGGUACCAUUAUGUAUAUAGGUACCUAUAAGUAGGCAAUUCUUUAAUUACUUAAUAAACAUCAUAUUAAAAAUUAUUCAACUAUACUUAUUUAUAGUAGACUUAUUGAAUUUUGUACCUAAUUGUUAUUCUGAAAAAUAUAUGAUCUAAUUUUAAUUGAAAAAAAAAAUGUAAUUACAAAAUUUAGACACACCCACCUAGUUAUAAAUUAAACUUUAAAAUUAAUGUUUACAAUGUAAAUAUUUAGAUACUUAUUUAAAAAAUAUAGAUGGCUAUUUUUACAGUUAUUUUACAAGUGGGGGUAUGACCAAAUCAAUUUACAAUUGCUUAUUGCAUAUUUUCCAGGUACCUAAUAAUUAUAAUUUUAUCAAUUGGUUACUUUCAUUUUAAAAGAGAUACUUUAAUCUCGUUUAGUCCUCUGUUAAUUUAUAACUCGUAACUAUAAGUUAAGUAACUUAAUAUAAUAUAUUAAUUCAAAAUCUAAAUUGUGUAUUGUAGGAAAUGUUGAACUGGUUUGUAAUAAUGAGAAUUUAGCAAGCGGAGACCAUACUAUAAAUGGAAUUGAUAUUCCAGAAGUGGAUAAAAAAGAUACUACUUCUGUUAAUAACGUAGAUGUUGUUAAUAAUAAUGAAUCCCAAAAAAUUGGAAAAAAGCAAUUAAAGAAAAAUAGCAAGAAAGAUAAAACUGAUAAGGAUUUAAAAAUUAAUGAAGUCUCUCCCAGUGAUGAUAGUUCUGAGGAAAAUACAGAUAGUGAAAAAAAACAAGAUACUGAGAUAAUAUUCAUACAAGAUCUUGGAUUUAAUGUCAAAAUAGUCUGUCCUGGAACUGAAGCUUUUGAAAUUCAGGUAAGUAAAUAAAAUAAAAAUAUUUAAAUUAGAUAAUUGUAUUAUUAUUAUUCAAUUAUUUUAUGUAGGUUUCAAGCAUGGAAUUAGUUCAAGAAAUUCAUCAAUUGCUUAUGGAUCGAGAAGACACUUGUCACCGUACCUGUUUUUCGUUGCAACUGAAUGGAGUGACAUUGGACAAUUUCUCAGAACUGAAAACUAUUGAUGGACUUAAGGAAGGAUCAAUUAUAAAAGUACGUUGUAGUGUAAUGUAUAAUUAUUAAUAGUAAGUUAGGUAACCCAGUUAUGGUUUUUCCCAUUUAAGUUCUUCUAUUUAAAAAAUGGUGUUGAAAAUCAAAAAAUGACAACAAUCUAGACAAUUUGAGCUUUUAGAAAAGUUGCCACAUGUAAAAAUCAGAGCAAGUUUACUAAGAAAAUAUGUAUCCACAGGCUAGAACAAAAAAACAAAACAUAAACAGCAUUAUAAAACCAAUAGCUCCUAUUUGAUUCUUAAAAAGUGUAUUUUUAAUGUUUAAAAUAGAAUCGAGAAUAUAAUUAUUAUACAUUUAUAACAUUAUAUAAUUGAUUAGUGACCAUAUCUAUGGACAUUAUUGUUAUAAGUAUAUGCAAAUUUUAAAUUUCUUACUGAUUUAUGUUUUAAAUGGAAACACCACAAACUUUAUUAAUGACAAUUUAUAAAUAUUAAAACUAUUGACCAUAUUAUUUAAAAUAUAUGCAAGUAAAGUAUAGAUUAGUCACUCAAUUUAAUGAUGUAUUUGAUCAAUUUUCUGUUAUGCAUAAUACCUAUAUAACUUAUUAUUAUUAUUUUUUACUUAUCUAUUACAAUUUGUAUAUUCCAUUGUCAACUGUGAAUAUGUGUAGCAAGAUAUAGUGAUUUCAUAAAAAUAUUGUUUAAAUAAAGGUUGUUGAAGAGCCGUAUACUAUGCGCGAAGCUAGAAUUCAUGUUCGCCAUGUUAGAGAUAUAUUAAAAUCGUUAGAAAUGGCAGAUGCUUACAAUGGUGUUGAUUGUAAUUCAUUAUCAUUUUUGAAUGUUGUUACUCAAGGUGAUAUAUUAGGUAUGCAUUUUAACUAUCCAAAUUAUAGUAGUAUAAACAAUUUUUUUUUUCAUAAUUAGAAAAGAAGAAAACCAGGUCUGAAAGUGUUGACUGUACUCCUCCAGACUAUAUAAUGCCAAAUAAUAAAGAUAGGCCGUUACUUCCUUUGCAUCCAACAUCUAAAGAUUUAAAAGGACCUCAAUGUAUCAAGGUAGUAAACUAUCAUAUUUAAUAUCUUAGUAAUGUUAAUAUCAUGUUUCAAAAAAAAAUAUUCAACUUUGUCACAGCUUUACAAUAUUUAUAUAAAUAUUACAUUGAUGCAAUCAUUCAAAUAUAUUAUUUGUAAUAGGUGCUUACUACUUCCGCGUGGAAUCCUCCACCUGGUUUUCGGAAAAUGCAUGGUGAUUUAAUGUAUAUGUAUGUCAUUACACUGGAAGACAAACAUUUUCAUAUAACUGCUUGCACCAAAGGAUUUUUCAUUAAUCAGUAAUCAAUUUAAAUUAAAUAUUACAAUAUUUUAUCUAUGUGUAUGAGGGAUUUGAAAAUAAAAAUAAAUGCAUUUAAAAACAAUAAGACCUAUGCUUAGUAAAUAAUAAAUAAAUAAUAAUUAAUAAAUAAUUUAAUUAACUAAUUUAUUAAUUUCUAAUGAAUGCUAACUUUGAUACAAUUAAGUGAAUAUAAAAGUACGAAGAUAAUCAUUGUCUAAUAUAGAGGUUUCCAACCAUUUUUUUUAAAAUCUUAUGACAUCAAAUUGUUUAAUACAUUUUAGUAGUACACAUUAUCACCAAUAUUAUUAUUUAUAGAAAUUAAUAAAAUAAACUUGAAUUAGUUUACAUAUUAUAGAACAUAAUUAAAUCAAAUUACAUUUUGAACACUUAUAACUUAAUUUGUAUUAAAAGAUGAUAGUAAUAUAUUGGAAGUAGUUAAGUGAUAUUAGUUAAUAAUUUAGAAAAAAAAACUACAAUUUCCAUUCAUCUGUCAAAUCUCAUAAAGACGUAUUAGCUUUUUGUGCUGUAACACAGCAGUUGCGACUUGUUUUAAUUAUAAACCAAAGAUUUUAUCAAAACCCACAUAUAUAUACAUAUAAUUGACAUAUUUUUGGUUUAUAAUUUGUAUUACAUAAUUAGGUCCACUAAUGAAGAAUUCAAUCCUAAACCUGCUACACCAAAUCAUUUAUGUCACUCUUUAAUAGAACUACUAUGUCAAGUAAGUGCUGCAUUCAAACGAAACUUUGCAGUAUUACAAAAAAAGAGAACUGCUCGUCAUCCAUUUGAACGUGUUGCAACACCAUAUCAAAUAUAUAGUUGGUCUUCUCCAUUACUUGAACACACAUUAGACGCCAUCAGAGCUGAAGAUAGUCUGUAUUAUUUUAGAACAUUUAAUUUUAAUUUUUAUGUAUUUUAUUUGUAAAAAAAACAAAUUGAUAUAAAAUUAAAAAAAUUAAAACUAAAUAAUCUGAAUAUAUAAAAGUUAAUAUUUUAAUAUUUAGCUUUUUCAUCAAAACUUGGUUAUGAAGAACAUAUACCUGGUCAAACACGAGAUUGGAAUGAAGAAUUACAAACUACUAGAGAAUUGCCUCGUAAAAAUUUGCCUGAGCGUUUAUUAAGAGAAAGAGCUAUUUUCAAAGUUUGUCUAAACCACAUUAAUUUAUUAUAUCAAUACUAAUUCUAUUUUGUAUAGGUGCAUGGUGAUUUUGUAGCAGCUGCUACUCGGGGUGCUAUGGCAGUUAUUGAUGGUAAUGUAAUGGCUAUUAAUCCUGGUGAAGAAGCCAAAAUGCAAAUGUUUAUAUGGAAUAAUAUAUUUUUUUCCCUCGGAUUUGAUGUUAGAGAUCAUUAUAAAGAAUUAGGGGGAGAUGCUGCUGCUUUUGUUGCUCCUGUAAUUAUUAAAUUAAUAUUUUUUAUUUAGUAUUUAAACUAGUAUUUAAGUUUCCAAUAGUUGAUUGAUUUUUAUUAAAUUAUUAUAAUUUUUUUUAGCGAAAUGAUUUACAAGGAGUUCGAGUUUAUAGUGCAGUUGAUUUACCUGGAUUAUAUACAUUAGGGACCGUAGUGAUUGAUUAUAGAGGCUAUAGAGUUACAGCUCAAUCUAUUAUCCCAGGUAUAUUAGAAAGAGAACAAGAACAGUCUGUAGUGUAUGGAUCAGUAGACUUUGGCAAAACUGUGACUACCAAUCCAAAAUAUAUUGAAUUAGUAUGUAAUCAUUAAUUUUACUAUGUACAUAUUUAUAUUAAUUUAACAUUAAACCAUUCUGAUAUUUAUUUAUUAAUUUAAAUGUAUUAUAGCUUAGUCAAGCAGCACAGCAAUUAAAAAUAAUGCCUCAUAAAGUAAUCAGUGAAAAAAGCGUUGAAGUUGAACUCUGUUCAUCUGUAGAAUGUAAAGGCAUCAUUGGAAAUGACAGUCGUUAUUAUAUAUUGGAUUUACUACGUACUUUUCCUCCAGAUGUCAAUUUCCUUUUACGUAAGUUGUAAUUGAAUCCAAUUUUAGUUUAACCUAUUUAUUUAAUACUAAAUUAUUUAUUAUAGUUGAUGAAGAUAUAUUAAGUAAAGAAGUAAAAUCAUUAGGAUUUCCUAUUCAGCAUAGACAUAAAUUAUGUUGUCUUAGACAAGAAUUAAUCGAUUCAUUUAUUGAGUAAUUUUUUGUUUAUAAUAAACAAUUAUAAAUCUAAUUUUAGAUAAACUUAAUAUGCAAUAUAAAUAAAAUUAUAAUUCUUAUAGGACACGUUAUAUGAUGUUUAUUAAAUAUGCAGCAUUCCAUUUACAACAUUUGAACUUAUGGAAAAAUCAAAAAAAUACAGAAGGUGUUAAUGACAAUAAUAGUAUAACUGUAUGUUUAAUAUUACUUAAUGGCUUUAUUUAUAAUUAUUUAUUGGAUUGGAUAUAAUUAUAGAUUAAAGAGAAAAUAAAUCAAACUGUUGAAGAGGAGAGUAAAAAUGGAGUAGAAAUAUCUAAUAUUAAAGAAAGUGAAAACAAAGAUAAUGAAAAAACCUCAGAAGAUUCAUUAGAGACUAAAAAGAAGAUUGUGGAAACAAUUACUGAAAGUGUUGUUAAAGAUAGUAUGUGUUAAUUUUUGUAUUAUCUAUAUUUAUGUGUAUAAUAAAUAUAGUUACAUUAUUAUCAUUUUAUUAAUAGGUGACGAUAAUAGUACUAAAGAAGUUGUUAAAAAAGCUGCUCAAAAAGUUGGUUCCCUGAAAGAGACUGAAUUUGAUAUAAGAUUCAAUCCAGAUGUGUUUUCUCCAGGAGUAAAACAUUUUAACUCUGAAUCAGAUCAGUUUAAAUUAGAGAAACAAUUAGUUGUAGAUGCAGCUGAAUAUUUGCUGUUAUCACAAAUUCCACUGUUUGUAUGUUAAACUUUUAUUUAAGUACCAUAUACUCACCUAAUCAAGUGAUCAUGUCUUGGACAAAACUUCUAUCAACAAAAUUGUUAAAAAGUCAAAUUGUUUCAGAUAGUUUCUGUGUCUAAAUUUCUUGUACAGGGAAAACCCCAUAAAAUGAUAAUGAUACUUUAAUGAUCAAUGAAAUGUUUUUGUCUGAAGCAUAUUUGUUUAAAAAAUAGACUCAUAAAAAAUGCAAAUUUAGUAACAAAAAAUUAAUUUUUUUGUAGAUUAGAGAUUGUAUGGAUCAUUCCUCUGCUCCUAUGGAUGGACAAAUAUUAUCUGAAAAUUUACACACAAGAGGUAUAAAUAUUCGUUAUUUAGGAAAAAUAGCUGAAAAACUUUCAAAAAUCAAACGGUUAGAAUACUUGUACAGUAUAACUGUUGCAGAGUUAAUAACUAGAGCAGCAAAGCAUAUAUUUAAUACUUAUAUACAAGUAAGAAUAGUAAAAUAAUUAAAUUAUUUUUAUAAAAUUUAAACUAUGGUCUGUAUUUUCAGUCUGCCGAGUUAAUGAGUCUAGCAAGUGCUGUUGGUCAUUUUUUAAAUUGUUUUUUAUCAUCUUGUUCAACUCCACAUCCUCAGAAUACAUUAUUAGAUGAUAUAAAACCAAUUAAAAAACGCAACAAACGUAAAGGUCGACUAAAUAGAUUACUUACUGUUGACAAUAAAGAAUGGGCUAAUCUUACUCGGAAUACUUUAUGGUCUCAAAUCCGAGCAGAAAUUAAAUCGUAUUAUGCAUGGGAAUUGGUGUCCGAAACUAUUGAAUCUAUUUGUGAACAUUAUGUUAUUCAAAAAAUAUCAUUGUUAAGGUAUAUAGUAUAUAAUAUUUAUUUGAAAUCUUGUAGGUUUAAUUUUUUUUUCUAUCUGAUAGUAAAUGUUGACUUCUUUAUAGCCAUUUUAACAAUGGGUUUUUUUAUGGUUUUGUGAAUACAAUUUUUUCGAGCUAGCAGUGCUUAAAAAUUUAACUCAAAUUCAUUAUGAGUUGUAUUUAGUGGUAAAAGAAAGCAAGUAGUUAGGCAUUAUAUACCUAGUAGUUUUUUUUUUUUUUAUAAACAUUUUAAGUCUUAGCCAUUACAAAAUAUUUUUAAUCAAAUUUUGGCAUACAGUUAUAAAUUUCCCUUUAUAUUCUACCUGUUCAACUUGCCCUAUUACAGUGUAUACCUAUGAGCAGUAUCUUGUAUGAUGAGCACAUACAGUGGCUUUUUUUAUAAUAGCUUAGUAAUUUAAAUAUUUUUACUUUCUUAACUAAGACUAAUUUACUUCAUUUCUUAUUUAGUUUUAUUUAAAAUAAUAAUGUGCAAUAGAAUUAAGUUUGUAAUGCAAGUUUUUAUUGGAAUAUUUGUGUUUCUUAUUAUAGAUCAUUUUGUUUAAAAACUGGAAUCCAGAUAUUGUUGAGAGAAUAUACAUUUGAUUCAAAGAAUCGAUUUACUUUUUUUGAAGAAGAUAUUAUAAAUAUGUUUCCUCUUGUUAAGCACAUCAAUCCUAGGGUAUGAAUAUAUUUUAAUUUAUUAUUUCUCUUUUUAAUAAUUAAUAAUUUAUUUAUCCCUAUUACAGGCUACUGAUGCAUUCAAUUUUUAUACUACUGGCCAAACAAAAAUUCAACAAGGUCUUCUAAAAGAAGGAUAUGAUUUAAUUAUGGAAGCUUUAACCCUAUUAAAUAAUGUGUAUGGUGCAAUGCAUCCUGAAAUUGCUCAAUGUUUAAGAAUGCUUGCUAGAUUAAGUUAUAUAUUGGGUGAUUAUGGUGAAGCUAUGGCAUAUCAACAGAAAGCAGUAUUUAUGUCUGAACGUGUUAAUGGAAUUGACCACCCUUAUACUAUAACUGAAUAUGUAGGAUUAAAAUAAAUUAUGAUUAAUUAACUAAAACAUUAGUAUACCUACUAUAGUUUUUAUAUUAUUUCAGAUUCAUUUAGCAUUGUAUUGUUAUGCAAAUAAUCAAAUUACUACUGCUUUGAAGUUGUUAUAUCGAGCUCGAUAUUUGGCCAUUUUGAUUUGUGGAGAAAAUCACCCAGAGAUAGCUUUAUUGGAUGUAUGCAUAUUGAAAUUCAUUGUCAAUAAUUAUUUGUUUUUCAUAUUAUAAUUAAAGUUUAUAUGUUUGUAUAGAGUAAUAUUAGUUUGAUACUACAUGCAGUUCAAGAAUAUGAUCUUUCGUUGAGAUUUUUAGAAAAAGCCUUAGCAUUAAAUAUUAAAUUUUAUGGUCCUAAAUCAUUAAAAGUGGCAGUGAGUUAUCAUUUAGUUGCCCGCACUCAAAGUUGUAUGGGAGAUUUCCGGUCAGCAUUGAAUAAUGAACGAGAAACUUAUGCAAUUUAUAAACAGCAGGUACUUUAAACAAGUUUAUUGUUUAAUAUCAAUAUUUCUGUUUACACAUAUAUAUUUUUAUUUUACAGUUUGGUGAAAAACACGAAAAAACUCAAGAAUCAUCAGACUGUUUAAAACACCUAACUCAUCAGGCUGUAGUAUUACAAAAAAAAAUGAAUGAAAUUUAUACAGGCAAAACUGGUGCUACUUUGCCUCCUAUACAAAUACACCCACCAUCUAUGGGUAGUGUACUUGAUAUGCUCAAUGUCAUUAAUGGCAUUCUGUAUGUACAAAUUAGGUAUGUUAUUAAUAUUUUUUAUCUUAGAAAUAUUAUUUUUAUUUAAAAACAAAUGUUUUGCAACACGUUAGUUUUAUUAUAAUUUUAUGCCUUAAAAAAUAAAAAUAAUUUUAUUGAUUUAGGUACUGAGAUUUUGCUAUUUGAAACUAUACAUAUGAUUUAAUUUAAUCUCAAAUAACAUUUUAUACUAUUGAGAUAAACUGAAAAAAUGCAUGAACAUCAAUGAAAAGCACGUGGGAAUAAUAUGCUAUAUAACACUUUCAAUUUUUUUUUUUUGUAGAAUGUGUUGAGAAGCAAUCUCAAUCUAUUUUUAGAAUCUGAAAAUUCUUAAAAUGUUCUUAUCUGCAUAUUCAUCAUCACAUGAAAUAUAGAGGCUGGCAAAAUAGUUUUUUUUUUUUUUUUUUUUUUUUUUUUUUUAUAAAAACAUGUUAUGUACAGUUUAAUAUUCAAGAGAAAAUAUAAUAUAUUUUCUACAAUUAUACGUAUGAUUUGCUCAUAGCAAAUUAUUUCUGCAGACCUUUCAUUUGUCAUACUAAAUACAAAAUGGCUAUAAAUCUUCAUCUAUUUUUAAACAUUAAGUAAGAAUAUUAUUUAUUUGAUUUUAAUUAAUUGUUUAGUCAACAAGACUUAGAGAAUUUCAAAGCAGAGGUAGAAAAACGUUCGGAAUCAUUGGAUACAGUGAAGCAAUCAACAGAGCAACAAGAAUGCACUAGUUGAGUAUUUCCGAAUCGCGUAGUAAGUUUGUCUUAUGCUUUCAGUGUUUUAUCGAUUGCUGUAAGACAACUUAAGUAGUCAUUAUUGAUGCUCAUUUUUAUUUUUUAUUGUUUUUCUUUAGUUAAUACGUUCUUCUGUUUUGUUACUGGCUAUUAAAAAUAAAUAAUUAAUUUUCAAUCUUAAUUUAUAUAUGAUGUAUAACAAUGUAGUGCCAUUUAUCUAGUCUCAAUUUAUUCUUAUUAGCUGAAGUAAUAAUUAGUAUCAUCAUAAAUGUUGUAAUAUUUUACAUUAACAUAUACAUAAAGAACUGAGAACAUGAGCUACUGGAACAAAUGAAACUACUUAAUAAUAUUUAACAUGUUAUUAAAUUCUGAUUUAUUAGCCCAAUUAUUGUUAACAUUAAAAUGUAAACAAAUUAAAUGUUAACUAUGUAUUAUAUAUUUGUUAUUAAUUUUAAAUUACCCAUGAGGUAUAAAAACAGAGCUCAUGUAGUUUUAAAUUCCUAGUAGUGAUUAAGUAUAAAAUUAAAUAACAUUUUUGUGUUAUUUUAACACAGUUAUCUCGUACAUAAAAAUUUAAUUAUUGGAAUUAAUAAGCAAUAUUUUUAUUUAAAUGUUACUUUUGUUAAAAAUUAAAUAAUGAAAUAAAUUAUGACAAUAGGUUUUUGUUAUAUAUAUAUAUAUUCUGUUAUAAUUGAAGUUGUUUUGUAAUUUUAAAUUCAUCAAAAACUGUUUAGACUGCGAUAUUAUUAGACUGGUAACAAGACAGUAGAUUUAUUUUAGAAAGUUUGUUGAUUUUUUAUACAAAUCAUUAUUGUAGUUGAAAAUUAUACAAAUAAAGUUUUUUAAAAAACA